UCGAAUUUUUCAUUCACGGUUUUCAAAAAAAGUUCUAUUUCAUACCAGAGUAAUUAUUUAAAAAAAUGACCGCGCACUUGGCAAAUGUUUAUGCGUCCUUGUUACGAAGAUAUGGUGAAUCUUAUACACUCAUUUAUACGGAGCCUCCAUCCUAUUUAUCCAAGAUUGUUGGUUCGGAUGAUUAUGCUGGUAAAGUGGUGUAUUUUUAUAUCGAGGAUCGUAGCAAAAUUGCUAAUGCCUACGCAUCUCAAUCCAAUAUUCUCUUGAAAAACAACGAAGGCGUUAGUAAGGCUGUUGAUAUGGACCUCACAGGCAGUCCACUUAAGGACGAUUGUGUAGUAGAAGCUAUCGAAGAUAUUUCACUAAACAUAAGGAUAGACGUAGCAAAUCCAUGGCUCAUGCAAGAAGAAUGCCACAAAGGAAUUAACGUAGAGAAAGCACGUGCUAUCAUUUGUAAAGAGGAAUUUCAGAGUGUUGAUCCCGAAGCAACGGGCUCCAUUUGGAUACUCUGCAACGGAGCAGAUGCCGAGAAAACAUUAAUGUUGCAAUAUGACUUCUCACCAGGAUGCUUUAAUCGGGGUAUAGUCACCUGCCAAGGUAUAAUACCCACAUUCGAAGUAAAUACACAAUCGUUAAUGCGUCAGCAUUUGGCCCUCAUUACCCGAAGUACGACGGCACAAGUAGAAACCUAUAUAGAGAACACCUAUCAAAUUAAACCUCACAUAUCUGUACGCUGCAGUUGGUCUUCGACAGCAGCAUCACCUUCUUUGGUGGAUUUGACAUCAUGUGACGUUACUUUGCGUCAGUCCUUUUGUUUAAGCUCCUGCAAUGAAUUAACUGAAGAUUUUAUGAAUCAGUUGCGCAUAUUGACAGUAAUAAGAAAUGAUAUUAUCGCAUACAAGUGCAUAGACAAUGGUGACGCUGAUGGGCGUAAUGAAGCGCUGGUGUAUCGUUGUGGCUAUGGCAUCGACGUGGACGAAUUACGUGAAAAUAUCAGCAAAGCAGUUACGGAAAUUGCAGGUUUUGGUGUAAUUGACACCACAGAAAGUGGGGUAGAGUGCGAUAUUGAAGCAGUUGUGCAGCGUGUAAAGAUCAGGCGUCUUACUGAUCUCACCGACAAGUUGUGGGAGAUCUUGAAACGUUGUUCUUCAUAUAAAGACUUAAAAAUGGCAUUUACGAUGUUAUUUAAGUGUGCGGCCCACUGCAAUAUUGUGAAUACGCCCACGAACAAAAACCGACUGGCAGAAAUCAUUACCGAGGUUGCUAAUCGACGCUUGGCGAUUCCGUGUCUCACGGGCACCGAACCAUUGGAAUUAUUAUUGGAAAUUGGAUUGGAAAAGCUGUACAAAGACUACGAGCUCAUAUUUGAUGAAAGUAAAAUAUGCAGCGCCAACGAUUUAAAAAGCAAAAGUCUUUUUGAUUUACGCCACAAUGAUGAAAACGAGGCAAUGCCAAACGUUCGCAAAUCACUGCGAAAUGCUGUCCGUCCGGAAGUCGUGGCUAUGCGCAAAACACUGCUGCACAAUACAGCCAAGGGUGGUAAUAAAUUCAAAGACGAAGAUGCGGUAGGUUUUAAGAACAGCAACUUCGAUGAGAUGGACACAGCAGAACGUCUUGCAAAACUAUUGCAAGUACAUUGCGCACUGGAGCACUUACUUAUGAUACAUGUUAAUUUGAAUUUAAGCAACGUUUACAGUGAGGUUUGUGAGCAGCUUUUGAGGAAACCUCCACGGUUUCUAGAAAAUAUCGACGACAGUUUAGUAGAUGAAAUUGAGAUCUCUUUGUCAGCGCAUGAUGUGCGCGAACAUUUAGAGGGGAAAGACCCGCAUGUUCGUCGUGUUUCCAUGCGGUCGAAAAACAAAUUUCGGGAAGUAAAAUCUACUUUCUUUUACAGCAUGGACAAUAUCUGUCCACAGAUCAUAUCAGAAUGUUUCCAAUCAGAAGAGAAGGAAAUCAGUAAGGAGAGUACAUAUUAUAGUUGGCUUUAUCGCAAAAUAAAAACUCUACAUUAAUGAAACAUAUGGGUAUAUUAGUGAAUUUAUCGUAGUCAGGGCUCGAAUCUUAACAUCCGUUCACUGCUCGAAAACGAUUCGAAAGAAAAUUACGUGAUACGUCAGGCAGUGUAAGCUGAACGGGACAAAGAAUACGUUCACUUAUGUCAUAAUCCCAAAAAUGCCUUUUUAAGUGACGAGUAGUACUAUAUCGUAUGUGACGAUUCGAGCCCAGAUUUUCGUGAAUUCUACAAACAAAUGAUAAUUAAUAAUAAAUGGCAAAAUUUUAAUAUAACGCUAAAAA